GAGAUGCCCCAGUCUUGGCAUCAUGUGAUCCGAGAUCCGCCUUAUCAAUCAACUUCAGACGACAUCAUUUCCGACAAAGAGCCAUGAAGCAUUGAAGUCUUGUUUUGUUUCAGGUUUUGCAUAUUUAUAUCCUCAAUAUGUCUUACUCUUGCGAGGAAGAUCCUCUUCUUCCGAGAGACAAGAGAUCUCCUGAGAUCCAUGGAUCCCGACCUGAGAGUAUCAAUGACGACCAUGCCAAGAACGAGCCUGUGCAGGAGGAUAGACGAGCCAGAAGGUCUCUCUGGAAUGAUAUAGGAGCUAUAAUCUUGGCAUUGUGUAUAUGCUCCAGCUUCAUCAUGAUAGUCAUGCAUUCAGAUUUACUUGGUGAUGAUAGACCUGUUCCCAAGACCAUCAGCCAACGAGUCAAUCGAAUUCUGGAAGACACCCCACUUAUUGAUGGCCACAAUGAUCUUGCCAUUCUCAUCAGAUUUCUGUUCAACAACCAAAUAUAUGGAGAUGAUUUCAAGAAACCAUUCGAAGAGGGUGGGAUGCUAGCUCAUGUUGAUCUUCCUCGGCUACGGGAAGGCAAGAAUGGAGGUGCAUUCUGGAGUGCAUAUGUUCCAUGUCCCAAAAAUGGAUCAGAUUUCUCAGACGAGAACUAUGCUGAAUCCGUCGCCUUCACAUACUCCCAAAUCGACCUCCUCACUCGCCUCCAAGCCGCCUAUCCCUCAACCUUCUCCCAACCCCCCAACAGCAGCACCGCCCUCUCUUUCUUCAAAUCCGGCCAUCUCAUCUCUCCCCUCGGCAUUGAAGGUCUCCACCAAAUCGGCAACUCCCUCUCCAACCUGCGCCACUACUAUUCCCUCGGCGUUCGCUACUCAACCCUGACUCACAACUGCCACAACGCCUACGCGGACGCCGCACUCCUCGAACUCCCCUCCGGCGGAGGCGUUGAGAUCGCAAAACCAAAAUGGGGCGGCGUCUCACCCGCAGGCAGAGACUUAAUACAUGAGAUGAACCGCCUAGGCAUGAUCGUCGACCUCGCACACGUUAGUCAAGAUACCAUGCGCGAUGUGCUCGGAAGUGGGAAGUCAGACGAUUGGGAAGGCAGCGCGGCACCGAUUAUGUUCAGCCACUCUUCCGCUUACGCCAUAUGUCCGCAUCCUCGUAAUGUACCGGACGAUGUUCUCCAGAUGGUGAAGAAGAAAAACAGUAUCGUGAUGGUGAAUUUCUCACCGGAUUUCGUCUCCUGCGUGACCAACUCCUCUGAUCCCUCCGGGAUGCCCGAGUUCUAUCCUGCAAAUUCAACACUUGCGCAUGUGGUGGAUCAUAUUGUACAUAUUGGGGGUUUGAUUGGGUAUGACCAUGUUGGGCUGGGGAGCGACUUUGAUGGCAUCCCUACUACGCCGGAGGGAUUGGAUGAUGUGAGUAAGUUCCCAGAUCUAGUUGCGGAGAUGUUGAGGAGGGGAGUAAGUGAUGAGGAUGCGGGGAAGGUGGUGGGUGGGAAUAUUCUGAGGGUGUGGAAGGAUGUUGAUGCUGUUGCGCUGGAGAUGCAGAGGAAGGGAGUGAAGCCUGUGGAAGACAAGUUGCCAAGUCUGCACUGGGCCGAGGCAGUAUUCUGAUGUAUGAGGAAGGGCAGAGUUGUUUGAAUUUCAUUUUCUGCUAGACAGUAUGUACAAAAUUUGAGGUAUUUGUUAAUUAGCGAAGUGUCGGUUCAUUUGUAAUCCAAUUAACAGACCUCUGACCGGAUUUGGCAAAGCUGGGAUCUGAUCUUUGUUCGACACCCCUGCCCCCUAACCGAG